GCCCAUUUCUUCUUCUUCCUCCUCCUCCUCUUCUUCUUCUGCUUCGUCGUCGUCGUCGUCGGUCUGGUCCGGCCUGGUCUCCGAGCUGCAGCUGCUGCUGCUGCACUCUUUACUGCUGCCAUAAAGAUGUGGGGCACUGGGCCAGAUGCAACCUGCCCGCCUGCCCCCCCGAUACCCAUCUAUCCAUCUCUCUCUCACGCACACACACACACUCUCUCUCUCUCUCUCUCAUCAAUCGACCCUGCCCCCCCGCCAACCAAGCCUGCCUGCCUGCCUGCCUGCCUGCUUCUGCCUGUGGCGGUCUCUGUCUCUGUCUGUGUCCCACUCCCCCCCUCUCUAUCUGUCUGAGAACAUUUCGCCUUCCUAUAUAAAAUUCUGUGGCUUGUGGUCAAGCAUUCAGUCGAUCGCCACAUCCUCAAGCGACUUCUCUCCUGUCUGUGAAUAUCUCACUCUCUAUCUCUCCCUCUCUCUCACACUCUGUGUCCCUCUCUCUCUCUCUCGCAGUCUAUCUCCUACUCUCUCUCACUCACUCUCGCACACUCCUCUCUCUGCGGGUGUCUUAUGUUCUCGGACUCGGAAUAGUUUUGUCGAGAGCUAUCGAAGCGGGCUGCGCCAACUGGAGGAGGAUCGGGCCGAUUGGACUGCGGUCGUAGAAGAUUGAAGGUUCAUGGUGUGUGAGAAGGGUCAGUGUAGAGAGCUUGAGUGUAUGAAGGGCGUCGAUCGCAGAACUAGUCGUCGGGGAUCGAAGGUCGGAGGUUUGUAGCCUUUGCGCCCGAGUGCGGAUCGCGUCGUGGUGUGAAGCGGUUCGCUUCAGUCUUCUUCCCGAGGUUCAGAGACGUUUGUGCUGUCACCAUGGUGCUAGGAAAGAUGCCGAGGAGCACCUCGAAGCUAGUCAAGAGGAUACAGGGAUUGACGAGUCCGAAGAAGGCGAAUUCGGAGCUGGGCCAUUCCAAGAGGGUGGCGUUCUCGCAGCUGCCGGAGUCCGCGCAGUGGGCUCUGCUCACGGGCAGAGCCGGAGGCAUGUCCAAGUCGUCCAAGUUAGGCAGGCUUCCGCAGGACAUUCCGCAAGGAUGCCUGGCCGUGUACGUGGGGCUCGAGAGGAGGCGGUACGUCAUCAGCACCAACUUCCUCGCGCACUCGCUCUUUAAAGAAUUGCUCAAGCGAUCGGAGGAGGAGUUCGGGUUCGAGUACGAGGGCGGGCUCAACAUUGCCUGCGACUGCUCGCUCUUCGAGAACGUGCUGUGGAUGAUCGCCACCAAGGAUCCCGCCGCGCGGACCACGAAACUGGACGAGGUCAUCGACAUGCUGGAGAGCUCGUUCUGAAGCCGCUCGCCCUCCGCGCGAACUCAACGACGGAGACGACGAAGAGGAAGACAGUAGUCGCUUGCUUGCACUGAAGUUAGAUUUUGCCCCUGCUCGCUCGUGCUGGUGCGGCGCACGCACUCUCGACGCUGGCCGCGACAAGAUAUCGCUCCGCCGCGGACCGACCGACCAUCGCGCGCAAUCCCUCCUCCGUCACAUCGCUCGACGGCAAGAAUGCGCGCACACAGCUCUUCACGCGCACAUUGGUUCUCUUCCGCGGCGGAGCUCGGUUUCCGACGAUGGCCUUGCCUUCCGCCCCUCGAGAAGGUGCUCAAGGCCUGUGAAAUUCGCCGGGCCAGCAGCUCGAGCUUCACCAGCAGCACCCCCGGAAUGCAGCAGCAGACUCGAGAAAGACGAAAUCCAAGCGAGGGUGCUGAGGGAAAUCCCGCCGCUGCCAAUCCCAGCGACGUCCCGAUUCCAGCACCCGUCCACUGGCGGAGAGUCAACUGCUCGCUCGCUCGCUCGAUCGAGCGGGCCACGCCCAAGCACGCAACGGGUGCCCGAACUGCACUUACACCCCGGGAGCAGACAUUCAUCGACGUUCAGACUUGUCUUGUUCCACAAACGGCUACAAGCGGCUUCGGAUACGAGGAGCUCGGUCGGGAAUAUGUAUGUCCAUAGUUUACGACGGAUCGCGCUACGAAUUUAAUUAAUUAACUAGAUGCGGGUUUCCGAGGGAUGUUCAGAGUCCCGUUAGAUUAUUACACAGCAGCUUUAGAGCUUACGGUCUUGCCUCUUGCCAGCUUUGAUGAGAGUUUUAGAGAGAGACAGAGAGAGAUGGAGAGGGAGAGGUGAUUAGAGUAUGUCUGAGAAGCACCGGCUGCUCCAAUGCGCAGACGGUGCUCCAGCCACACCUCGGGCACGGCCUUCUUCUUGUACAGAUACGAGACUUGUGGAGUUUCUCUCUGCGGUCUCAGUCCCCAAAAUGAAAAUCUUACCAGUAACAGCUUUCAGUGUUCAAAGC